AAAGAAUAAAUAUACUGUGCCCCCUCGCUCCUCCCCAUACACACAUCAGUGAGAAGGGCGCCGGCGAUGGAAAAUGGCGGCGGGUCACGGCGGAGGUGGGGGUUCCGACGGAACGAGGAGGUUUUAUCGGCCUCUUCAAUCAGCGUCAGAGGGAUUCUCGGUUCCCUGAUGAAAAAUCUCGACCCGGUUGACCCGAGACCCGUAAUCCCUCUCGGCCACGGCGACCCGUCGCCUUUUCCUUCCUUCCGUACGACGUCCCAAGCUGAAACCGCCGUCUCCGACGCCGUUUACUCGGCUAACUUCAACGGUUAUGCCCAUGCCUCUGGCCUGCUUCCCGCUAGACAGGCAGUUGCUGAGUACCUGUCAAAGGACCUGCCAUAUGAGCUAUCAGAAGAAGAUGUUUACCUUACAGUUGGAUGCUCCCAAGCAAUAGAAGUCAUUCUACCCGUUCUCGCCCGCCCGAAUGCCAACAUUUUACUUCCAAGGCCAGGCUUCCCUUACUAUGAAGCCCGGGCUGCACAUUCAAAUCUGCAAGUUCGCUACUUUGAUCUUCUUCCAGAUCAUGAUUGGGAAGUGGACCUUGUUUCUGUUGAAGCUCUCGCAGAUGAAAACACCGUUGCGAUUGUCAUCAUCAACCCCGGUAAUCCCUGUGGGAAUGUCUUCAAAUACCAACACUUGAAGAAGAUUGCAGAGACUGCAAGAAAGCUUGGGAUUCUUGUAGUUGCUGAUGAAGUUUAUGGCCACCUUGCUUUCGGAGACAACCCGUUUGUGCCCAUGGGAGUUUUCGGAUCAAUCGUUCCGGUUAUUACUCUUGGGUCGAUUUCAAAGAGGUGGAUUGUACCAGGCUGGAAACUUGGUUGGCUUGUUGUCAAUGAUACCAAUGGAAUCCUUAAGGAAGAAGGGGUUAUAGAUGGCAUUGCCGGUUUACUCAAUAUUUCGUGUGACCCUGCAACCUUUAUUCAGGGAGCAAUCUCUGAUAUCCUUCUAAAUACAAAACCAGAAUUUUUCUCUAAAAUUCUGAAUGUACUUAGAGAAGCAUCCAACAUAUGUUACGAAAGAACGAAUGAGAUCCGAUGCAUCACGUGUCCAAGCAAACCCGAAGGAUCAAUGUUUGCAAUGGUAAAACUGAAUUUGGACCUCUUGGAAGACAUUGUGGAUGAUUUUGACUUUUGUCUCAAGCUAGCCAAGGAGGAAUCUGUGAUAAUUUUCCCAGGAUUCGGGGUGGGGCUCAAGAAUUGGCUGCGUAUAUCUUUUGCAAUUGAACCAUUGUCUCUUGAGGAUGGCCUUGGAAGGCUCCAAGCUUUUUGUCAAAGGCAUGCCAAAAAAUAGUUAAUGAGAGUGCAGUGAGACUCAUCUGUGUGCUCUUCAAAUGAAUAAUGUAAUAGUGUGGUGGCAUCCAACGUUGUUUUGGGCACUAAUACAUCCCUUGAUCUCAAUGUCGUUGGGAUUAUACAGUGUUGGGUUGUUAGUUAUUAUUGUUUCUUCUGAAUAAAAUAAAGAAAGUGAUUAAGUGAGCUUUUUAUUUAAAGCAGAUGCUAUGGAAUUUCCCACUGUAGUGAUAACUUGAAAAAUCCUGGGAUGGUUUAAUUGGAUGGAGUAAUGGUUUAUUAUUAUUUCAGAUGGCUUUUAUUCCAAAAUGUUAUUAUAUUCUUCCAAGAUAUUCCAAAUAUAAUAAUGUUUUGAAAUUAUU